AUGUGGAACCCCAAGACUGCCUUCAGGGCACUAUGCACCACCGUGCCGAUAGCGGCCUGGAGUCCAAACCAGACGAGAGCACAAAUUAUUUACGCCCGUGCUUGGCCCACCUCAGCUUCUCUCCUUAAAAGACAGUUCCGUGUAAGAACCAAGCCAACGGAUGCUGAGAAAAUGUUUGAGUUUCUUAAAACCAUGCCAAAGGUGGAAUCUGUUGAGAAAUGCAAAGGAAGUCCACGUGACAAAAUGUUUAAGACAGCAUAUCUCAUAACUUUCACAGAUGCUGCUGCGUGUGAUGACUUUAAAGCUGAGAAGGUGGUGUGCCCCUACGGGAGACUGGACCGGGGUGUAAACCAGUAUCAUAUGAGUACCAAGAGGCCGACGAAUAUGCUGGGAAGAGCACUUCGUCACAAAUUCUUCUGCUCUGUAAGAUAUAUCAAAGCUUACGCAGACACUGGGGAACUAGAGAGAGAGGUUCUAAUCCUGGCUAGGGGCCAAUGCACAAAGGCGGAAAAGAUGCGAGAAUGGUUAGUCCAGAACGAUGUAGCGGACGUGGAGAAAGUUCGACCUGUUUUAUCAAAAUUUCCAACUAAACAGGUUUUAGUCCUCUUCAAGACUCCCGAGGCUGCGCAGAUGUUCUUGAAGCGCGACCUCUUGAUGAUGGAGAAGAAGGUGGAUGCAAUCCUCUACUCAGAUAUUGGAAAACUCAUCGAUCGGUUCCCCUCGGAUGGAAAGGUGGACGGAGAUAACGAAUAUAGUUCCCGGGAUCCUUCCACCAGGAUAUAUGUUCAACUCUACUCAGAAGCUUUUAAACAACUAGUUGAUAUUCUAGAUAUAUUCCAGGAUGAAGAGCUAGAGGAUUGUAUCCAGUUACCCUCUGAUAUCCCCUCGUUAAUUGGCGGAGAAGAGAUGCUUGCUAAACCAUCCCUCCUCCUCUCAUACAAAACUGCGGCCAAGGUGACUGAAGUUCUUGAGAGGGUUGAUGAUUUUAAUACGGAUAAAACGUACAGAGAAUGGGUGUACGCGACCUCUCUGAGCCAACAGAUCAAAGAUAGAAGGGUCGGACAGUAUCUACGUUCAGACUGUACAGACUCGGCGGAAAUCUGCCAAACAUUCUUUGAGAAAACCGAUGAUUACGUGAAGUUUGCGCCACCGAACUCCAAUCCGAAGAAGGAGAAGAAAGCAAAGGCUGAACCGAUUGCUGCUGCUGCUGCUGUAAGCGCAGCUGGGGCCUCGGUUAAGAAGGAAAGUAUGGAUGUAACUGUAUUGAACACAAACCGUCAAGUGGAGAUGGGAGAAUGGGUGGUCUGUGUUCUUCAACAGAACUUUGCACAAGUGGCGUGGAUUGCCAGUGAUUCUCAGGAGAUUGGUAGAUACUUCUUUGAGAACCACGCUAAUGUUUUGGAGAUAAAGAUGAGAAACAACAGCGACAUUGUGUAUGUCAGGUUUGGAUCCCCUAAGGAUGCUCUGGUGUUCGUUGGACUGAGCUAUGUUAUGUUCUUGGGAGUGUACGUUCAGCGUUGUCUAUUCUUUGAUCAUCCCUAUUACCGAAUGGCAGAAAUUCGUGCAUUUCUGGGGGGUCCGCUGACUGUCCAGAAUGGUCAUCUGCCUAAAAACGACGCAAGAAAUAUAAUCACAAAGGUGGCAACGGUCCCUGGUUCUGUUCAUAACAAUGGAAUUCUGUUUACUGGAUUCACAACCAAGUUUACCAACGCUCAGAUUUUUGAGAGAUUGAAGUCUGAGAUUGGAUUGGAGAAGCCCAGUAUAGUCAAGGGGGAUUGGAAGAAGGAAGGAGAUAACUGGAAUUGUAUUGUAUUAUUGGAUUUGGGAGUAGAGGAGAUAAACAGGUAUGCUGACAGGUGGACAAACCUUCGUGUCAUCAUGGGAGAACAUGCAAUAAAGGCUGAGUUCUAUGCAAAGCCACCCCCUGCCCCUAAGAAGAAGGCCCCCAGGAAGACCACGAAAAGGACGAGGGGGGACUCGGAGUCCACCGGGACUAACGGUGUCAAGAAGAUGAAGAACAUUGAGAAAUAUUUAGAUCAUUAAUACUAGAUUUGAAACCUGAGUUCUUGCAAUCAUGUUCAGUGUUCACAUUAGUAUAAAAUCAACAUUUUGUUAUGUAUUAUUGUGUAUUUUCUCUCUUUUCUAAGAUACUGUGUUGUAUUUUUUUGACCGGGGGGGGGGUUAUUCAUAGGUGCAAUCAAUUUAUUUAGAAGAGGGGGGGAUUCAAAUGAAAAUGUAUUUGUAACGGCGCGACACAGUGAAUCUCUAUGUGGUAGCGGCUUGGCGCUAGUGCUUGGGAGGCGCCUAGUUCCGCCUCUGUAUUGCAUAUUGCAUUAAGGUGCACACAUCAAUUUAACUUGUACAUUAAACAAUCCUAAUAAAUUACUGAACAUUUU